AUGCGCAUCAGCAACAAGCUGCGUGCGGAGCUUGGUGGCGCGAGCCACAAGGUCAAGAAACCGUGGACGCGCAAAAAGUAUAACAGCCAGCGGCGCAAGUGGGAGCCGUACGACCCCGACCUCGCGACGGACGACGCGCUGGAGAAGCUGGCGCUGUUCUGGACCUGGGUGAGGGGCAACUUCCCCGGCUGGCACCACUGGAAGAAGGCGGCACAGCUGGCGCCCCCAACGCUCUGCCAGGUCCACGCGAUGCUGGCCGAGAAGUACAGCGACGACCACAUCCUGGCCAACAAAAAGGCCCCCGUUGCCCUGCUGACCAACGACCCCGAGAACGCCGCCGCCAAGAAGCUGGCCGAGAGCGAGGCGCUGCCCAACAAGGGGGAGCGCCCCGACGACCGGGACCCGCAGUAA